AAACAAAGGCUGUUCACAAAUUCGUGUUGUGUCGAUAUUUUGUGGUAUAUUUCAGCGAUUUCCCCUAGAAUACUCACUAGAAACCUGAACAGUAAGUUAACACGAUGUCUGCGAGUGAGAAACAAUUCUUUGGACCGCUAACAUUACACCAGAAAAGUGAUAAACCGACGAUAUUUAAGAGUGACGAACCGCGAGAAUGUUCAUGUGUUUUGUGUGAAGAAAACUUUGUUUUACCAGCUAAUGAGAAGCAGUUAUUAACGCAUCUAUUCAUGGAACAUCGGCUGGUAAUAGCUGAUGUGAACCAGAUAUCGGAUUUGAAUGAAUAUCUUAGAUAUUGGAGGCUAAGAUUUCGAGAUAAUAGUUUACCCUUCUAUUGCACAACAAUGCUACUGGACAACAAACCAGACGGUACAAAGUCUAAGAAUGAAGAAUAUUAUUUAUUAAGUGAUGUCUUACCUGAAGACAAAGAACUGCGUACAAAUCUACAACAAACAAAAUUGGAAAAGCUCUUAGAACGACACCAGUUUGAAAGAGAAGACAAAACAUAUACCAAGGAGUGCCUAUUUUGCCGUUACAUGUCAACAACUACACGAGCCGAUUAUUUAAACCAUUUAUAUGAGAAACACAAUUUCCAUAUUGCCAAACCUGAUAAUCUAAUAUUCAUUGACGAUCUGAUCAAUACAAUCGAGAAGAAGUUAGAAAAACUUCAAUGCAUUUUCUGCGAAGGCUACUUUAAAGAUCGUAACAUACUAAAAGAGCACAUGCGUAAAAAAGGCCAUAAAAGAAUCAACCCUGAUAACAAAGAAUAUGAUAAAUUUUUCCUUGUUAACUAUAUUGGUGAUAACAAUGAGAAGCCAAAGCAUUACAGGACAUUUAAAACUACAGUGAAGAGGAAACCGGAAGAGUUUGAAAAUGAUUCAAACGUGGACAGCGAUUCAGAAUGGUCAGAAUGGACGGAGGAAAAUGGUCCGUUAAUCACUUGCCUCCUUUGUGAGCACACCGAGAUGGAAUAUGAAAAUAUGUUAGACCACAUGGAACGUCAACACGAGUUUUCAUUUACAAAAGUAACUACAGGAUUUGAUUUUUACCAGAAAAUUAAAGUUGUCAACUACAUAAGACGUCAAGUGCAUUUGAAACAAUGUCUAUCAUGCGACACAAAAUUCAAUGAUUCAAAAAAUUUGGAAAAACAUUUAAAAGAUGUGAAACACUUGGUAUUACUGAAGGAUAAAUGGGAUCAACCAGAGUAUUACUUCUCUACGUACGAAGAUGAUCUGUUUCUCUGCUUCAUCCAUGAUGAUGAUGAGAGUUGGUGGUCCGGUGAUGAAAAGGAAGUAGAAAAUCAGAAUAGUAUGUGCGAUAGUAUAUCUAAAGAAAUGGCUAUGGCUGUUUUAAGUGAAUGAUGAACUAAUUUUCCAGGUGUUCCAGGUUGGUAUGGCCCACUUUCCUAGAGUGUAUGGGCAUUAGCAAUUCAAACUUUUGAAAUUAAUAUGUUGCACUUCUUUAUUAUGCUUUAGAUCAAUUCUGAAAAUGCCUCAAUGAUCAAUGCUUGAAAUAGGUGUUCAUAUAUAUGCCUUUCACAAUAAAUCAAAUAAAUAUGAUAGAUAAUUAGAUAAUAAUAGUUUAUAGAAAUUUGUAAUCAUUUUUAAAAAUUGGAAUAAUUCUCUAUUUUUUGAGAAAAUAAGUGGUUGUUUUGAGAGUUGGGUUUUCUGCUUUGACGUCUGCGACAUUUCUAUGUCUGCUUCUUUAUAAAUUAUGUGGAUUCUACAAAUAAAAAUUUAGAUGGCAUUGAGUUAAAUGUAUUUGUUGUUUUGUAAAUAAUGGUUUUUAUAUUUGAAUUAUUUAGGUGUAGGUAGGAGUGUUAAUUGUUUCAUAAUAAUAACAUGAAUUAUACAUACUUAUAAUGUCAGUUUAUGAAAUAUCUCGAAUUGUAUUUCAUUUAAAUGGUUGUACCGUUUUACAGUAUGGUACCGGAUAAUGGUUGCAUGUAAAAAUGGGCAGGGUAGGUACAAUCAAAGAGCAAAAGUGCAGUCAGUGAGCCCAGCGAAUUAUUUGUAAACAGUGGUGAAAUUAUGAAUCAUUAGUUGUCAUAAUUAUAAAAUUUAUGUUUUUGUAGGUGUUUUUGGCCUUUUACAGAAACAACAUGUAACGAGGAGGUCUAAGUGCAACCAGUAUAUUUAUUACUUUGCAAGAAACUGAUUGGACUUUUGCACCUUAUCGUACCUUCAUAGCCAUUCGGUAUUGCUACCUAACAUCAUCAUCAUCAUCAUUGUCAACCCAUAAACAUCCCCACUGCUGGGGCACGGGCCUUCCCUAUGGAUGGAUAGGGAGAUCGGGCCUUAAACCAUCACGCGGGCCCAGUGCGUAUUGAUGGUUAUUAACGACUGCUAAUGCAGCCGGGACCAACAGCUUAACGUGCCUUCCGAAGCACGGAGGAGCUCGAGAUGAAAACUUUUUUUUGUGGUCACCCAUCCUAUGACCGGCCUUUGCGAAAGUUGCUUAACUUCAACAAUCGCAGACCGAGCGCGUUUACCGCUGCGCCACCGAGCUACUCAAUCAACCACUCACUACCCAAUCUACUCAGUCUACCUAACAUAUACAGCCUAUUUACAUCCCACUAUUACUCGCAGAUCAUUUUUUAAUUUAAUUAAUUUAUUAUUGUGAAUAUUUUUGUAAAUAAUUACGGUGCUAAUUAGUCAUUAUAUACAGCCAUGAAAUUAUUACUUAGCUAUUUAUAUUAAAAUUUAGAAAAUUG